AACGAAAUUGCACUUGCCAAUCGAUUACAAUAACAAUAUCAUUACGAGAAGAUGCGCAAGUGAAUUUAUUACGCAGUAAUCCCUAUUAUAAUGAAUAAUAUAAUAAUAAGUUAUGUUUCUGAAUAUAAUCAUAUUUUUAUUGUUAAUAUAUAAAAAUCGAUUAUUGAUACCGUUGAUACCGUUAAUCUAAUCAUGUCAUUAUAGCGCUGGCAGCACUGAAUAAAACUUUUUGACAGUCACGUCAUUGUCAAAAAGCUUUAACACUUCUCCUCCCGCGUUUCCGAGUGACGAAGUAUUCCGAUUUCCUUUUGAGUUUUGUAUUGUUUAUUGCUGUGUUUCUGGAUUCCGAUUUUUCUUCUACCAUUUGCGACUACCUUGGCUGUUAAAACUGAACCUGAACCUGUAUUACUCGCUGACUCGGCCCGCCCAACUGAACAUUUGAACCAGCCGAUUUGUUGACCUGGCUUUUCUCACGUGGAUAUCUGAAGCUGUAAUCUAUUAACCAUGAUCCGCUGCAUCAAUUGUGGUUUAAAUAUCUUUCGGAUGCGUCGAUACUCGUUAGAAACUGAGACUGAAGACAUUCGGCGAUUGAUCCAGCAACAAAAUGCUAUUACCGAUAUACCGAGGGAUAGCGUUGUGUGUCAUGCUUGUUGGUUGCUACUACAUCAAUCAAUUGAAGCACCAGGACCACUUACACAUACUGUAGGGCAUAGGAACGUAUGUGUACACUGUGGGAGGUCUUUGUAUCGGUCAAGAGCCCAUACAUUAUCAAGCAAUACUGAAAGAGAAGUACGCAUAAGGGCUGUUGUUGCAGAGAGGAUUUUGCCACGCUCACUACGUACAUCUGAUCGGAUUUGUCACCCUUGUUGGCAGAGGUGUGAUAGUUUGGCUGAACAUUACACUGAACCAUCCACAUCAUCUGCAGUUCCACCUCUACCAUCCACAUCAUCUGCAGUUCCACCUCUACCAUCCACAUCUGAAGAAUCUAUUGCUGAUAUUCCGGGUACAUCAUCUGAGCAAGUAACACAACAUGUUCAAAUUGAAUCUUCUCCAUCCCUCCCUCAAGAAGUAUCAACAAUUGUUUUAUCUCAGUAUGGGAGAGCAUCAGACUCGCAGGCCCGCUGUUUUUUUCCUGGUUGUCACCAUGCUGAAAGACUUGUAGUGCCAUUAUCUAUAAGAAUAAGACUUUUUGUAGAUUUUAAAUUCUAUGUUCCAGCUGACUGUCGCAUCUGCAAUUAUCAUUUAAGAGGUAAUUUAUGGCACCAAUUAAAUGAAAUUGAAGUGAACCAUACCUUUACAGAGGCAUAUAUAUAUGAUUUUGUGUCAUUAUUAAGUAAAGAGACAUCAAUUGAUUUUGAAAAUAUUGACAUGAUGGAUAAUCAUUUAGUACAUUAUUGGUUUGGUAUAAGCAAAGAGCAGUUCCGUACAUUGUUGGCAGAAGUCACUAGGUUAUCUCAAAUGCAUAGAGGGUCUACUGCUCUAGCUGCAUUAUUAUUGAAAUUAAGAAAUGGAGACUCUAAUGAGCGAAUUGCCAGUUUAUUCCAAAUGCCUCGCAGUACUUUGGAGAAUUUAAUGUCCAAAGCAAGAGAGUUGCUUCAACAAGAUUUUGUGCCAAUGCAUUUAGGGUUAAGCCAUAUGACGAGGGCAGAGAUUGCUAAUAGAAAUCUUUUAAUCCCUAAUGGUCUUUUUGGAGGUAUUAAUGAGAAUGGGGAGAGAUUACCAAUUGUCAUUGUUGAUGGUACUUAUAUAUAUUGCCAGAAAAGCUCAAAUUAUAAGUAUCAAAAGGAUACAUACUCUCUACAUAAGUAUAGGAACCUUGUGAAACCAUUUAUGUUUGUGUGUUGUGAUGGGUAUAUUUUAGAGGUUCUUGGCCCCUAUCCAGCAACUACAUCAGAUGGUGACAUUAUGCAAAAUGAAUUUAUAAAUGAGUCUCAACCGCUAAGGCAGUAUUUUCGACAUGGUGAUGUUUUUAUUCUGGAUAGGGGUUUUAGAGAUGCAGUAUCAGUUCUAGAAAAUAGUAACUAUAGUGUUCAUAUGCCACUUUCAUUAGAAGAGAAUGAAACACAGUUGUCAACGUUAGCAGCAAAUAGAUCAAGGACAGUAACCAUGUGCCGUUGGGUAGUGGAAACAGUAAAUGGUAUAUUUAAAGAACAAUUUAAAAUAUUCCGCCAUGAAUUUUUUAAUAGAGCAUCAUCUCAUUUGAUGGUAGAUUUUUCUAUUGCUGCUGCAUUGAUAAACCGGUUUCAUUGUCGUUAUACAGACAGAACUGAUGCAGCACAGAUUCUAGAAAUAAUUAAUCAAAAAAUGUACCAAAAUAAUGUUUUAGCUGAUUUUAUAAAUAAUAAUAAUUACAAUAGAAGGAGAGCACAUUUCACAAACAUAAAUGUUGAUUCACAAAAUAUAAGUAACUUCCCUCAACUCACACAGGAAGACUUGAUAUUAAUUGCUUGUGGUACUUAUCAGAUAAAACAAGCACGGUCUUAUUAUGGCGAACAUAUUCGAUACAAUGGUUCCUAUACUAUUGAAGUGUGUAGAGAGGCUCAUCUUAGCAACCUGCGGGAUGAAUUGUCACUCUCCCAAAAUCACUGGCUUCUCAGAGGCAAAAUUCAAAGCAGACAUAUAAGUCGAAAAAUAUAUUAUGUUUAUAUCAUAAUUAACAAUAAUGUAAGUGGGAGAGAGGCAGUUGAACACUACUGUUGUAAUUGCAUAGUUGGACGAAGAACCGUAGGUUGCUGUGCCCAUACAAUGACAAUAUUAUGGUACCUUGGCUGGGCAAGGCAUGAAACAAAUAUAACCCCUCCAGCCCAGUUUUUAGACGAUUUAUUAAUUAAGUAUGACGAUAUACUAUUUGAUGAAUAAUAAAUUGUUAAAAAGUA